CAGGGUCCUUUCAGCCUUCGUAAUGACCUUUGUAGUUUUUUGGACUUUUCAGUAGUGUAGUACAACACUGAAACACCUGCUGUCCUAUUUGAAACUCAUAGUGUACGGCAGUAAAAUCACAGGAUGAGCAGCUCUGUUUAUGGAGGAUGAUACCGAAAAACAAGUACAAGGGCCCAUGAAAACGUCCGUUGUGUUAUUGAGAAAUGCGUUAAGGAAGUUAGCUGUCCCUGCCUCAUGUUUGCCUCAUGUUAAGAGCUGCAGAGACAUACUCUUACCAAACAUGACCUGCUCAGAUGUCUGUGAUCAGAUGAAUGAGCAAAUAUCCAAAUAAUAGUACUGUAAUGUAUUUUGACUCCUUGCUGUUGAGAAGCUUAUUCGGGUGGCCACAUGCAUACAACUACUGCUGUACAAGUUUUGCCAUGUCUCUUUGGAGUUCCAGAUUUGUAUCUCUUAUCCUGAGGAACUUUCAUUGCAGACGAUGUGGACAUCAGCUUUUGGGACAGUUUCGGCUAUAUUCUUCCGAUGGGAUUGUAAAAAGAAUUGCAAAGUCCCAACCAGUUCAAAGAUUAGAAAAAUGCAUGAAUGUUUCAGCAGUAACUCAGACCAGUUUGUCUACUGUUGCAAGGAUGCAGAAAGGUCAAAACAGGUCAUUGUCCAGAUAUGAGCAUCUUGAAUUUGACGAUGUUGAAGAAGCAGCAGAAAAAGCACUUGCUUGUCCAGCUGUCAGACGGUUCAUAGUAAAUCCAGACCUAGCUAAGACUGUUGUCAAUUGUUUGGAUCCUAACCUUGCAGACAGUAAUGCUGUAAUCUUUGAGUGCAAUCCCGGGCCUGGUACCUUGACAAAAGCAUUGUUGAAUGCUGGAGCACAAAGAGUGGUAGCCCUCGAGGGUGAAAACAACUUUCUUCCUGAGUUACAGUCUUUAGAGAACCAUCUAAAUGGUCGGCUGGAGGUUGUUCAUUGUGAUUUCUUCAGGCUUGAUCCCAUUACCACUGGAGUCAUUAGGCCACCAGCUAUGUGUACAACAAAGCUAUUUCAUGACUUGGGAAUAUCUGAGGUCUCUUGGAAUGACGAUGUACCCGUAAAGGCUGUUGGGAUAUUCGGUCAAACACAUGAAAGAAACAUGUUGUGGAAACUCGUAUAUGCCUUGUAUGAACGUAUUUCUAUAUACAGAUAUGGAAGGAUUGAACUUGUAAUGUUUAUGAGUGAAAAAGAAUAUUUGAAACUAAUAGCACAACCUGGAUAUAUAAAGAACUACCGUGCACUGAGUGUACUCUGGCAGAUUGCUUGUGAAAUAGAACUUUUGCACAAGGAACCGUUGUCUUCAUUUGUAAUAAGCAGUGGGAGUGGUCAACUUGGAGUACGAAAAAGUAAAUUGCCAAAUGACAACCUAUGUUUGGUGAGAUUGACUCCUCAUAAAAACUUGUUUUCUGGAGCUUUAACCCCUGAUAAUGCAAUGACCUUUCUUGUGAUGAUUAAGCAGUGUUUUGCAAAACGAUCCGCUAAACUCGUUAACAGACUUAAUGACUGGUGCCCUGGCUGUGGCCCAGAGAUAAUUAAGCAACUUAAUUUACCACCGCACAUUAUAGUAGGACAUAUGUUCCCUGAAGAUUUUAAACGCCUCUUUGAAGCUAUGGAACAUUCUAAAGAAUUUGGCCACAGCUGGCUGUAUAAUGAAGUACUGGUAUAUACACACAGAACAGAAUUCUUAAUAUGAACACUUUGUAGGACCCCUGUUUUUGUGGAUUGCUUGAUGAACAUUCAUUGUUUGGCACUCAAUUGUUAAUAUGUUCUUGGUUAUGGCAUUGUCUGCAGAAGUCUGUCUUGCAUUUGUCUAUACAGUGACCAUUGAAGAAAGCUAUCAAAUUUCAAGCCAAAGCUGUAUGUAAAGUAUUUUUUAUUGAUGAUCAAAUAAUUUUCAGUCUAUGGUA